UAGCACAAACGUCAAAAUCGCCAAAACCAAAACAAACUUGUGCGCCCAUUCGCGUAAUCAGCCAUCGAUCCCGUAAAUAAAGUUAGCUCAAGCACCGGCUGAAACCACGGAACGCACGCCAUGAACAGCAUCGGCGACAACUGCACCGAGCUGAAGAAGAAGUACGACACCUGCUUCAACCAGUGGUUCUCGGAGCAGUUUCUCCGCGGGGACACGGACGACUCGGUGUGCGCGCCGCUCUUCAAGGUGUACCAGCAGUGCGUUAAGGACGCUAUGAAGGCCCAAAAAAUCGAGUUCAAAGAGAUUGAAAGUGACUACCUAGGGUCGGAAAAAGAGCAAAAGGUUCCGCCAAAGAAAUCGAGCUGACCGUAAACGCUGACCUCUCCUCACCAAACUGACAGCAACUAUUCCAGCGAAUAAUCCUCCCUGCCCUAUGAACGCCCUCAGCCUGCAACCAUUGGCCAACAAAUGAAAUUAUGUGUUAUGGUCUCAAUAUUGGGUAUAAUGUGCAUUUUUGGGAGGGGGAAUAAAGGGAACCCAGGUGGUGCCAGCAAAGUUUCACUGCGGAGCAUACUUUCAUCUGUUCUAGUCGAUAGAUGCUAUAAAAAAAACUUGAAUUUGAGCUAGUUUUUACCUUGAUUUGAGAAGAAACAACCAGUUGAAACCAUUUGAAGUUGUUUCGUAACUUUUCUUAAGGAAAUGUUUUAACAUAUAAAAAAGAAAAAAGAAAGUGUUCUCGUUGUAAGAUAUUGUUCACCUAAUAAAUCAAUUUAAAAUAGGA